AAUCGUUUUUUUCAGCGACGUCGUGGAGGAGUUGCAGCUUUCCCCUCCGUCGCUCUCCAUCUCUCAAUCUUCCCUUUUUCCCGUCGAAAGAAAAAGAAAAGGAGAAACCGUAGCUUCUUUUACUCGCAAGAGAAAAUCCGGGUACGAAAACCCUAGUAGAAAUCUCUCACACUCUUCGAAGCUUUUCAAGAAAUGCGGAAGCUGUUAGGGUUCUCUCACUGCCCUUUACUCCUCUUUCGCCUUCUUUGGAACCGAAAUCCCAAGAAUUCGAUUCUUCUCAGAUCCUCUCAGAGUAGUGUAGAAUGUGGCUGUCCCAUUUGACAGCUGUAGAUGCAGCAAUUACGAACUUUAUGUAGGCCUUUGUACUGCUGCAGAUAUCUUCAUUAUUUAAAGAAGAGCACACCUCCAAUCAAAAGCUGUUAACAUAUUUGGCGGUCCUGAUUGAGUUUAGUGUUCUUGGGACUUUCUUGAGGAGAAAUGGCAGCUGAGCUUGUCAAUUCAGCAACAAGCGAGAAACUGAAGGAAAUAGACUGGACAAAAAACAUUGAAAUCUGUGAAUUAGUUGUGCGUGAACAAGGCAGCCAAGCCAGAGAUGUCAUCAAAGCUAUUAAAAAACGAUUGGGGAAUAAAAAUUCAAAUACUCAGCUUUUCACUGUUAUGUUGUUAGAGAUGCUGAUGAAUAACUGUGGAGAACAUAUUCACAGGCAGGUGAUCGAGAUAGGGCUUCUACCUAUUUUGGUGAAGAUAGUGAAGAAAAAGACAGAUCUGCCAGUAAGAGAGAAGAUUUUUCUUCUUCUGGAUGCUACACAGACAUCCCUUGGUGGAGCUUCUGGGAAGUUCCCUCAAUAUUACGCUGCAUAUUACGACCUGGUGUGUGCGCAGGUACAGUUCCCGCGAGGCCCUUCUGUUCCUUCUGACCGUCCUACUCUGAAGGUGGAUACAAAUAAUUCACCAGCAGAGAAAUCCGUCCCUAUAAAAAGAGAGAUACAAAGCGAAGGUGUUUCUCAUCAAUCAGCCUCUCAGAUUGUGCCUGACUUGAGUAUCAUUCAUAAGGCCACCAGUGCCAUGGAGGUUUUAAGAGAGGUGUUGGAUAAUGUAAAUCCUCAACAUCCCGAGGGAGCGAUGGAUGAGUUUACACUGGAUCUCGUGGAACAAUGUUCAUUUCAGAAACAACGAGUUAUGCAUCUUGUGAUAACAUCUCGGGACGAGAAGGUUGUCUCUCAAGCAAUUGAGCUAAAUGAGCAGUUACAGAAAGUGCUGACCAAGCAUGACACACUUCUUUCAGCUCAUUCUACCUCAAGGGCCACAUCUUUUGACCAUGAAGAAGCAGAAGAGGAAGAAGCAGAUCGACUUUUUCGAAGAAUCCGAAAAGGAAAAGCAUGUGCUGAAGACCAUUCAGAGAGCUUAGCAAAUUCGAUCAGGCCUGUUCUCGGAGAUAAGGUGCACCGGCCAAUCAUACGGCCAUUGUCUAUAGAGCCAUUGGCAUCCAGUCCUCCUUCAGUCUCCAUCCCUCCCCCACCAGCAAACCAUGCAGAAAGAGAGAGAUUCUUCAAUGAGAAACAGGUGGAGGGAGCAACUUUGGCUGGUCACAUGAGGGGUCUCUCACUGCACAGCCGUAAUGGCAGCAGCUCAUGCAGUGGGAGCAUUGAUUUUAAUGAGCCAAUGGUUCCAUGAGGGACAUCUCGUUUGUUCUUGUAGUUGUCUGACUGGCCAAGGUGGUUUGUAUGAGCAGUUUCUUUUGCAUGUUUGCAGAUGGGUUGGUUUAAGACUGGCCACUUGAGUGUGUGUUUGUUGCCAAAUCUCCUUUUGCUGAACUAAAGGGCUUGUGCAUGUGACUGGUCAGUGUCAAGUGCCAACCCUUCUUGUUGGGUGCAGCAGAAAAAAGGCAAUGUGAUUCAAAUUGUUGUGGGCUGGAAAAUGUAUCUUGUACCAGAGCGGAAAACUAAAAACAAUCUUAUUUCCAAAAUGCAUUGGUAGAAAUUGGGUUUUAAAAGUGGUCAUGAAAUUGCAUUCUGUUAGGA